CUUGCAUCUGCCGUUACCUCAGUCCAUGAAAUGGAGAAUGGUUUCCAAAUAUGGUCUUUCAGUGGCAAGCAACUUUACAAGGUGUCAAAGGAUCACUUCUAUCAGUUCAUGUGGCGCCCGAGACCACCGUCGCUGCUGACUGCUGAAAAGGAAGAGGAGAUCUCGAAGAACCUGAGGAAGUACAGCAAGAAGUACGAGCAGGAGGACCAGGAUGCCUUCAAUAUGCUGAGCGAGCAGGAGCGGAAGAGGAGGAAGCAGCUCCAGGCGGAAUGGGAAGGAUGGGUUGCUAAGUGGAAGCAGCUGCACGAGGAAGAGAUACCCUACAGGAUGGAGCUUAGAGACGGGGAGGCCAGUGAUGAUGAAGAAGAGUACGACACCAAGGAAGUUGAGGUUGAGGAGAUCGUGGACGUCCAUGAAGAAGAAGUUCCAUUCGAGUUGGAUCAGUAG